UUUCGGGCCAGAGAACACAACUCAGAUUCCGACGCCUUGCUUCACUCUUCAAACUUCAAGCUUCAAAAUACAAUGGACACUCAAUCCCAACCUCUCUCUUCUCUUCCAUUACCUCCUUCCACCCUCGCUACUCUUUCCAAAGCUGGCUAUGAAACUCUCGAAGAUCUGCCGCCCUCCGAUUCCGCGAAUCAACUUACAGAUGUUUUGAAAAUUCCUUUGAAGGCCUCUCAAACAAUAUACUCUUCUUCACAGAGACCUGGAAGCGGUGAUAGUCUCAGUGUCUUGCCCUCGACGCAAUCAGCAGCUGCUCUAAUGGGAUCUAUAAGCAGACGAAAGCAGAGAAUGUUCAGCACACGCUGUCCGCCAAUUGAUACGCUCUUGAAUGGCGGUGUGCCCGAGGGCGGUAUCGUAGAGCUAUCAGGCCCACCGGGUAGUUCAAAAGAGCGCAUCCUCCUUAACAUUAUACUCUCAUGUGUCAAAGUUGGUAGAAGUGUGCUCUUUGUUGAUUGUCAGUGCAUGUGCGAUCCCCGUUCCAUCGACGAACAUUUGAAAGAUGUUCCUACAGCGCGUCGGCUUGUGACCUAUGUUAAGAUUGGGGAUUUAACAGAGUUCUUGAUGUUCAUGAAUAACUUGUCCUCGAAUACUGACAAACCUUUCGAUAUGCUUGCCAUUAGCUGCUUGACAUUUCCUUUUCAGAACGCGCAGAUCUCAAUCGCUGCUAGGAACAACCUUCUGGAAAAGAUAAAGCAAACGCUAACUAAACUUUCUCAUACCCACAAUGUCACGAUUGCUAUAACGUCCCAGCUGGUUACCAGGCUCAUGAAUAUUGACGGUACAACCGGGAAUUUUGACAGCGUUGGUGCUAAGGGUAUCAUGGUUCCUCAAUUAGGUCCUGCAUACCUUCCUUCUGGAAAAGUCUUCAGACUUUUAGUGGCCCUUGACGGCGCAGAACCACGUACAGGUUUUGUUCGCCUCCUCGCUCCGCUCAAACCGGGAAUUCCCCCAGAAGCCUCAUUUCUUAGAUUUGACAUGCGAGAUGAGAUCCUUGAACAAUAAUCUGAAGUUGGCAUAUAUUGCUGACCUGGUACUGACCAUGAGGACAGAUGUGGAUCCACGCCUGACCCUGUAGACGUUUCCAAUAUUCGACAGGAGGGGGUUAGAUCUGAAUUGCGAACAUUUUGCGUGGUGCUAUCGC